AUGUCUACUUACGAAGAGGACCAUAACAUCACGGCUGCACCCUCCCGGACAGCUAGCAACCCCUCCAGAUCCCACCAAACUCUAGGAUCAGUUCUUGAGUCAUUCCUUACCCAGGACCAGACCACGGAAUCGCUAGACAGAGAGUCGUACACCAAUGCGUUGAGGACUUUAAACACCCAGGAAGGGUCGACCUUGGCAUUGGAACUUAUCCAGACUUUGGAGGACACACCACAGUUCGGAGAGGCCAAAUCGAAGGGUGUUCCACCCGAGUUUCUAGAUACUUUGGAGAGAGUUCCCAUCAACAAGUUGCCCAACAAAGACACAGCAGACUGUCCUAUCUGCACCAACAGAUUCAUCGACGAUAAGUAUCCAUUGUUGGUGAAAUUGCCCUGUGGCGUCCAGCAUGGAUCCAAGACCAAAGACCACAUAUUUGACCUCGAGUGCAUAGGUCCGUGGUUGAAGGUGAACUCCACCUGCCCGUUGUGCCGGUUCGACGUUAUGGAGUUGGACAGAAAGCGCAGAGAGAAGAUAGAAGAGGAGUUGAGAAAGGCUAAAGAAGAGGAUUCGGAAGAGGAAGAGGAAGAUUGGGACGUAUACGGCUAG